AAAUUCGUCUUUUUCAAAUGAGGCGCCGACCUCGGGACUGGCGCCGCAUAGACACCGCGUGGGGUCCUUGAUUGGGCGGGGCUUGCUCGCGGUGGUUUGUGGCUCCUUCCUGUGUCGCUUCUCUCUUUCGCUCGGGCCCGUGGCAUCGACAAGAUGGGCAAGUGUCGCGGUCUUCGUACUGCCAGGAAGCUCCGUAGUCACCGACGGGACCAAAAGUGGCAUGAUAAACAAUACAAGAAGGCCCAUUUGGGCACAGCCCUGAAGGCCAACCCUUUUGGAGGUGCUUCCCAUGCAAAGGGAAUUGUGCUGGAAAAAGUAGGGGUUGAAGCCAAACAGCCAAAUUCUGCCAUCAGGAAGUGUGUCAGGGUCCAGCUGAUCAAGAAUGGCAAGAAAAUCACUGCUUUUGUACCCAAUGAUGGUUGCCUGAACUUUAUUGAGGAAAAUGAUGAAGUUCUAGUUGCUGGAUUUGGUCGAAAAGGUCAUGCUGUUGGUGACAUUCCUGGAGUCCGCUUCAAGGUUGUUAAAGUAGCCAAUGUCUCCCUUUUGGCCCUAUACAAAGGCAAGAAGGAAAGACCAAGAUCAUAAAUUUUGCUGAUGAAAACAAUAGUAAUAAAUUUUCAUAUUCCAGAAA